AUGUAUGAGCUUCAAGCUCAUUUGGGACCUGCCUCCGAGAGUGAAGGAGUGGACAAAGAAGUGGAGGAUGAAGAUUACCAACCAGUGGUGCAAAAUGGCACAGAGGAAGUGGUGAUAACAUCCGGCGUCAGCACCCUUAGCUCAGUAGUUUCCCAUGAAAUCCAGAGCCAACAAAACAACCUGCAGCUGGGCAAACUGCGGCAAGAAACUAACAGAUUGCUGGAAGAGCUGGUGCAAAAGGAAAGGGAAUACCAGCUGGUUUUAAAACAGUGUUUGGAACAGAGGAAUCAUGACUUACAUCUUCUACACAGCAAAUCAAGUCCAAUUGAUAUUCCACAGACAACUGUACCUUAUGCGUCACAUGACCAAGCCACAGACCAAGAGCUUGUUAAUUGGCUGAGGGAACUUGGAGCUGCUGACGAUGUAGUAAACCAGUUUGUUGAAGAAGAAUACACCCUCUAUGAUGUACUGCAUGAUAUCACCAAAGAUGAUCUGAAAUCACUGAGACUCAGGGGAGGAGAUCUCUGUCGGAUCUGGAAAGCUGUAACUAAAUACAGGAAAGAUAACAAUCCAGCUGGCGUCGACAAUUAACGAAACGACGCAUUUCACGCACUGCAACUGUGAAAGGUUUCCGGCGAAAGAAACAUUCCUACUUUUAAAUUAUUUAACUUUUGUAUAUCCCUGUAUAGAAUCUCUUUUCUGUGGAAGUCUUUGUGUGUAUAGAUGAUUUGAAAGUUCUCUUUGCCAAAGUUUUCUUUUCCUGAAUGUAUUGCACAGCUGUGAGCAAAGUCCUGAUAUACUGUUCCACAAUAAUUCAUAUUUCAUAUACGAACGCUUAUUUACAAUUCCACUGUCUAUAAAAUAAAUAUGUUGUUACU